GGUUUUGUUUUUUGUUUUUUGCUUUUGUUUUUUGUUACAUGUAUAAGUACAACUAAUAAAAAACGGAACAUUUCGGUGAAUAAAAAAACCCGGGCACCAUGCAUGCUCAUAGUGCAGGCUGAAGCGCGCCCCCGGGAGCUGCGCGCAACAGAUGUCUGCUGAGAUCUGAGUGGAGAGGAGGGCGCCAAAUAGGAAGGACGGCAGAUGUGCGUCUGACAACAAACCAGGAACCACUGCACUCGUCCUCCUCUGUAUACCCACCUAUGAGUCCUUGACCUGUCGGCCCUUUUCUCAUUCAGGCCGAAGAUCCCAGUAACAGGACGAGGACACAAAGUCUGACAACAUGGAGGCAAACGGUGUGAGCAUAUGGCCACGCAUGGAACCGUUCCUACUUGGUGCCCUACAGGUGGCACCGUCCUCCAAGCUAAACCUACACUAUCUUCGAAAGAUGGCUAUCUAUGUGCGAACAAGGAAUGGCUGCUUCCCCAUCCUGAGCUGGCCCAUGUGGAGGCAUAUCGCCUGUGGAAAGUUGCAGCUUCCAGAAGACCUUGCGUGGCUCUACUUUGAGACCUAUGACCUUCUGAUAGGUCAUACACCAGAGGAGAGGCUGGAGUGGGCUGAGUGUCUUUCCCAGUGUUCUACUAAAAGUGAGCUGGACCAGCAGAGGAACAAGUUGUCUGUGGACACUCUGCAGUUUCUCCUUUUCCUCUACAUUCAGCAGCUGAACCGCGUGUCUCUGCGCACCUCUCUGAUUGGGGAAGAGUGGCCCAGCCAUCGCACUCGCUCCCCGUCUCCAUCAGACAGAGAGUCCAAGACUAGCUAUCAGAACAAGAAUUGGGAUGAUCAGGCUCACCUGUCCUUCGUGCAAAGCCAUCUGGCAGAGAUUUUGGAGCUGCUAGUGGAGCCUGGUCAACUGUCGCAAUCUGGACAGGCCCUAAGAGACUGCCAGGUAUCCCUGGACGCUGUGCGGAGCUUGGGUCUGCUUCUGGAGGGCUCAGUUUGCCAAGGAAAAGCUGUUCAGCCCAUUCACCGGCUGCUGACCAAAGGUCCACUCGAAACACAAGCUGGCUACUCCUCGCUCACCCGUUCCUUCCCUCUGCACAAUCUCCUCUCCUGCCUCCAGCGCAGCCUCACUCUGAAUCCCUUUGGAAUAACUGCCUGUCUCCAUUCGGGCAAGAAGCUCGCUUGGGCUCAGCAAGUGGAAGGGGCCAUGAAGAGAGCCAAGAUAGCCAGGAACACCCACAUGGCACCACCUGGUAGUAAAAUGGUGCUGAUGUCCCAAGUCUUAAAACAGACCCUGGCUAAAACUUCAGACAAGCUGACUGGUGCCAACAUUAAAAUCCAUAGAUGUGCUGAUGCCUUCAUAUACCUUCUCUCACCUCUCAGAUCAGUCAGUGUGGACAAAUGCCGUGACAGCACUGUGGUUCUGGGUCCCGUUGAGACCAGCGUCCACAUCCACAGCUGCCAGAAUGUGUGGGUGGUGUGCAUGGCCGGCCGAAUUGUUAUUGGAACUUCCUCACGUUGCACCAUCCAUGCCCUUACGCCCACACGCCCGUUGCUACUGCCGGGAAACACGGACAUUACUCUGGGUCCUUUCCACACUUUCUACCCUUCCUUGGAGGAUCACAUGGCCAGCGUAGGGCUGGCGGUUGUUCCUAAUCUCUGGGAUCAGCCCUUACUUCUGGUGACCGAGGGCCUUGCCAGCCACUCACUCAAUACGUUGUCCAGCCCAGACCCCUCCUGCUACCGCUUGCUGCCACCAUCAGAGUUCCACACGCUGGUCGUGCCUUUUCAGAUGGAGGGAGACACAUGUGAGGUGCCCGGUGGUCUGCCUCCUUCAUACCAGGCAGCUCUGGACGAAAAGAAGAGGAGAAUACAGAACUGGCAGAAGACUGUGAUAGAGGCCCGGCUGAGCAAGGAGCAGAAGCAACAGUUCCAGGAAUUGGUGGAAAUGAAGUUUCAUGAGUGGCUUCUGGAAACGGGUCACAGGCAGGAACUGGACAGCCUAAUCCCACCCACAAUCGCCUCUGUAAAGGACUCUGAUGGGGCAGCAGCAGACACCAACCAAGUGAAUGAUCCCAAACAUAUGAGGACUGGACAGGCAGUGGGGCAGUCAUCCAUGGCGUGUUGAAUUUUACUGUUUGCUUUUUUUGCCAGCAGAAUAAUUGCACCUGUAAAUUAAGGCAGCAUGGCCGUUUGCACAUGCAGGUUACAUAUGGUCUUCUUCUCACACGGUGCUGCUGUGAGUUCUUGCUGCUGGUUAAGCUUUUCCAGCAGCUUACAGUUGUGUCCAAGUUCACAGUUCCUUCUUGAGAAAAGGCAGCUAAAUGUUUGACAUGUCUAAAGUGGGAGUGAAUUGGCUUGUUAUCAAACAACAUCAUGUGCCACACACACUCUGUAAAGAUGAGGCAUGUGUGAAGUCGCCACAUGCUUUAAAGAGACAUUUUCCUGCUUAUUGUCUUCUUCAGAGUGAGGAUGAGGAGGAACAAACUAGGCACAACGAUUAACUGUGAUUGACAGUCGAGUAAAUAGACCCUGACACAUUGUUUUCAAGCAGUCAGUCUGUUUUUCAAACAUAAUUUGGUACCAACUGUCCAUCCAGUGUGUAGGUGAACUUUGUGUUGCAAUAGAGAAACCAAAACCUGUUUGAAUUAAUUUGAUAGACAGCUUUCAGGUGCUGAAUUAUGGGUAACUGUGGUUCAGUGUGGUCAUGGACUAUGAAGCAACAUUAAUAGGAUAGCAGAAAGCUAUGGUUUUUAAGCUAGCUAACUGAAACAGAGCCUUGAUAUGUUGAACUUGCUUCCUAUCACAGCCCUCUGGAGACCCUGUCGUCUCUUCCAUGCACCUACUGACGCCGAAUCUUCUCAAACAGACCUCGUAUACAAGUUUUCUGAGGGAACCUGCUGAGCAUUUAAAGAUGUAGAUGGAGGAUGGAUGGAUGUAGAUGCUGAACAUUUUAAGCACUUCGAAUCUAAAGGGGCAUGUUAGUACCUAGAUCGUAAUAGUAUUAUUUUUUAGAAUAUUAAUAAAGCAUUUUCGUGUGUGUG